AUGGCUCCCAACCACAUCCUCCGGGCCGCAAUGCCCAUCCGGUCAAUCGUAUCCUCAAUGGCCAUGACACGAGCCACAAUCCUCCCCUCCGCCCGCUUGAUCUCCCAGAGCCUCCGAUCAGCCUCUACAACCUCCACCCCCAUACAAGAACCAAUCACCCCCUCACCAGCUUCCCCCUCCGCACAGAAUCUCCAGCGACCCGCCCUGCUCCGCAACUACGCCUACCGCCUGAAGACCGGCACCGUCGAGUCAGUCGGCCGCAUGGAGCGCACCGUCCGCGUAACCCAACGCACCAACGUCUGGGACAAGCACAUUGGCAAAUUCUACCCCAAGGAAACACGGUACCUGGUCUCUGACCCGCGCGACUCGCUGCGCGAGGGCGACGUGAUCGAGUUCUCGUCCGGUGCGCCGAAGAGCCGCCACGUUCACCACGUUGUUGAGCGCAUCAUUACCCCCUUUGCUGUGCCGAUUGAGGACCGCCCGGCUGUUAUGUCGCGGGAGCAGCGGGAGCAGGAGCGCGAGCGCCGCUGGGCGGAGAAGUACGUGCGUCGGGAAUCGCGUCGGCAGGGCGAGGAGGUCGAUUUGGUUGCUCGGGCAGCGGCUAUUAUUGGCGAGGAAGCGCAAACUCUUUCGACGGCGGAGCUGAUUCACCGGAUUCAUGCGGGUCAGGAGCGCGUGGGCAAGUUGAAGCAAUUGGUGCUUGAGCGGACGGCUGAACGUCCGGUCGAGGCUGUGGAGGAGUAA